CUGCUCCUCCCAUGCUACAUUCCACUGACUUGCUCAAACUUCCCUGCAAAAUCUCCAAAAUGGAGACUCUGCCUUCUCCUUUCCCUCUGAAGUCCUCCUCACCAAAAGCUAAAGUCUUCCUCGUGUUCUUUUCUAUGGUCCUAUGUACAGCUGCCUUAUUUAUUCUGCAGUUAAAGUUCUUGAAACCCAGGCAAAAAGACUUCUAUUCCUAUGAAGUUACGGAUUCCAGGGGACGACCGGUUUAUUUGAGCAAGUACAGAGGCAAAGCAUGUCUUGUUGUAAACGUGGCGAGUGGCUGCCAGCACACAGAUGCAAACUACAGAACUCUCCAGGAUCUGCACAGGGAGUUCGGCCCGUCCCACUUCACCGUCCUGGCGUUCCCCUGCAACCAGUUUGGAGACUCUGAGCCCAACUCAAACCGGGAUAUAGAAGCGUUUGCUAAAGGCAACUAUGGAGUGUCAUUCCCAAUAUUCAGCAAAAUAAAGAUUCUAGGGAGUGAAGCUGAACCUGCUUUCCGCUUCCUUGUGGAUUCCACAAAGAAGGAGCCGCGCUGGAAUUUUUGGAAAUACCUGGUUAAUCCUCAGGGUCAAGUAGUGAAAACCUGGAGACCGGAGGAGCAUUUUGAAAGUAUGAAAGGAGAUGUGGCAGCAAUGGUCAGAGAGAUUAUCAAGAAGAGAAGGGAAGACCUUUGAAUGUUUGAGCCAUGUGGACUGUGAAGGGGGAAUCUGUGAUGUUUUAUAAAGGAGAACUCUAUCCACUAACACGGACUCAGUUUGUGAUAGCACUCUGCAAAUUGAGGAUGGACU